AAUUCCACCCCUGUCCUCACCUCCAAUUCCCUUUUCCCCUUCUCCUCUCCUCUCCUCCCUCGCUUUGCUUUAUCAAGGUUACGCUGCUCCGGCCUUCUUCCACUGUUCUUCCCCUGCCUCUGGUGGUCUUCUGUUCCAAGAACUCUUUGGGGAAAACCCAUCAGAUUCUUUUCUGGAACUACUGAUUCUGUUUCAGAACCCAAGGAACAAUCAUCAAGGUCCGGCCUUUGCUUGAUUUCUGGUGUAAAAAUCCCACCUUGCAGCUGAAACAAGGGAGGUUUACCUGUUCUCUUGGUUCCAAGUUCUGUGCUUCUCUGCAUCAAAGCUUUGUUUUCCUUUCACAUGCAUCAUCACAUUCUCUUGUUGUUUCCGAUUGAUGUCGGCUAUCCUAAGUGAAAUCCUACUCUCUGGGUUUAUGAUAAGUUCCACACUUCGGCGCAGGACUCAUCUUGUUCAAUCCUUCUCUGUUGUCUUCCUUUACUGGUUUUAUGUAUUCUCAUGAUCUUGUUCUCAGAUCUGAGCAUAUCUAUAGUCUCUCAAUCUCUUCGUCCUUUUUCCUGUAAUCCUUCAAAGUUCAAAGGAUAACGACAUCUUUCACGUAGAUUUCCACCCAAGAUCUUCUCUUUCCUAAGCAGCACUACCAAAUCUUCCAUGGCUUCUUCUCCUAGUGGGACUUCCUCCGGAUCCAGCCAGCUCCAGAAUUCUGGUUCAGAAGAAGACCUGCAGGCCGUGAUGGACCAAAAGAAGCUAAGGCGAAUGAUAUCGAACCGCGAAUCCGCGAGGCGGUCGAGGAUGCGCAAGCAGAAGCAUUUGGACGAGCUGAUGGCACAUCUGAACCAGCUGAGGAAGGAGAACCGCCAGCUCUCGACAGCCUUCAGCCUCACCAAGCAGCAGUAUGUUGCAGUGGAGGCUGAGAACUGUGUGUUGAGGGCUCAGAUGAUGGAGCUUGGCAACAGGCUGCAGUCUCUUGAUGAGAUCCUCAGCUUCCUUAACAUGAACCACAACAUCAGUGGUCAUCAAAUGAUUGACAAUUCCAUCAAAUGUUUGAAUCAGCCCAUCAUGGCCUCAGCAGACAUGUUCUACUAUUGACAGACCAAAAAGGUCACUGGCACUGUAUGACUGUGGUGUUUGUCAUGUUGUGGUCGACUGUUUCGUAUUUUACCUUUGUGUCAAGUGUUGUGUGUGUAUGGAGUCAGGGUGGAAGGAGUUUGCAUGUUGUGAUGAAGACCUUGAAGUAUGUCAGGUUUUGGUUUUGGUUUGUAUGUGGUUUAUUACCUACAUAUGCAUUCAGAGCCAAGAUUGUAAUAGGUCUUUCUUUAUAAUACAUGAAUAGUUGCAUUCA